CAAGACCGGAUGUUUCCAACUGGCAUUAAUUAGUGAGUGGGUCGUCCCCCCCUUUAAAAAGGAGACGCGCCCACUGCUGCGCUCCGUGUCCUCGCAGACGAAGAUGAGCUACGGAUCUGAUGUGUUCUCCUCCUCCUCCUACAGGAGGAUUUUCGGGGAUUCUCCCCGUUACUCCUCCUCUCCGUCGCGCUCCGCGGUGAGCAUGUCCUCCCGAGGAGGAUACCGCUCCUCCUCCCUGUCCCGGACCAGCAUCUCCUCCCUGGGCUCCUACAACAGAAAGUCCGGCCGCUCCUUCUCCGCGCCGCUGGAGACCUUCGACCUGGCCCAGAGCAGCGUCCUCAACAAUGAGUUCAAGAUUGUCCGCACCAACGAGAAGGAGCAAAUGCAGGGUCUCAAUGACCGCUUUGCCAUGUUCAUCGAGAAGGUUCGCAACUUGGAGCAGCACAACAAAGUGCUGGAGACGGAGCUGGUGGCGCUGCGCCAGCGGCAGGCAGAGCCGUCCCGUCUGGCGGAGCUCUACCAGCAGGAGAUCCGAGAGCUGCGCACCCAGCUCGACGAGCUGAACGGAGAGAAGUCCCAGCUGGUGAUAGAGCGGGACAACAUCGACGACGACCUGCAGAAACUCCGGGGGAAAUACGAGGAGGAGUUCCGCGGCCGGGAGGAGGCGGAGGCCACCCUCAAGGCUUUCAAGAAGGACGUGGACGACGCCACCAUGGUGCGCCUGGACCUGGAGAAGAAAGUCGAGUCCCUCCUGGACGAGAUCAACUUCCUGAGGAAGGUGCACGAAGAGGAGGUGGCCGAGCUGUCGGACAUGAUCCAGGCCGCGCAGGUGUCCGUGGAGAUGGAAGUGGCCAAGCCGGACCUCACCUCCGCCCUCAAGGAGAUUCGCAGCCAGUACGAGUCCAUGGCGUCCAAGAACCUGCAGUCCGCCGAGGAGUGGUACAAGAGCAAAUUUGCCGACCUGACGGAGCAGGCCACCCGGAGCAACGAGGCCAUCCGAGCCAGCAGAGAGGAGGCGAACGAGUUCCGGAGGCAGCUGCAGUCCAAGACCAUCGAGAUAGAGAGCCUGAGGGGCACCACCGAGUCUCUGGAGAAGCAGCUGCGAGAGAUGGAGGACCGGCACAACAUGGAGAUUAACUCCUACCAGGAAAGCAUGGCAGAGCUGGAAAAUGAGCUGAGGACCACCAAGAGUGAGAUGGCUCGACAUCUGAGAGAAUACCAAGAUCUGCUCAAUGUCAAGAUGGCCCUGGACAUAGAAAUCGCAGCAUACAGGAAACUCCUGGAAGGGGAGGAGACCCGCAUCGGAACAGGCAUCGCCUAUCCGAGCCCCUCCAUUAGUGCUGGCAUUGGGCAGGGCUACAGCUACCAGAGCCGCAUCUACACCAGCUCUGGCAAGAGCUCCAAAAAAGAGGGCAAGGAGGAGGAGCAGCCGCAGAGCAAGCCGACUGGAAAGGUUUCCCAGCGUGAAGUUUAUGAGGAGACCGUCGUGACAACCAAGAAAAUGGAGAAGCAGCAAGAAGAUAUCCCCACCAAUCAGAAAAACUAAAAACCUACUCUAAGCCCGAUCUAAAACCACAACAGCUUUGCGUUACCCUGCAAACACACACACACCUCUUCUCAUCUUCCAUCUUAGAACCACAGUUGGAUUUCUACAUAUAUUUAGAAUGAAGCAUCUCCAGGUUUGCUUUGUGUUGGAGUGUUUAUUCUCAUUCAAAUCUGUCAUAUUUUCACAUAAACAACCACUUUAUUAUAUCAGAAAAACAACACCUUUAUUCACAAAGUCACCGUUGAACAAUAACAAUAACAUGCACUUUGGUAGCAGUUUCUUCAAAAUCCCAGCCUUUUGAGGUAACGAUAUUCAACUGGUCUUCAUCAUAAACGUUGCAUCAUCAUAUAGGACUGACACAGUGAACAAUAACUCUGGUCGUGCAUUUUUACCACAAGAUGUGAUAUAACCUCCACACGUAUUAAAAUAACAUGCGUGUGACUCUUACCGUGCACAAUGAUACGCACAUUCACAAUAAAAUAGAUCAAAUGCGUCAACUGGUGUAAUACGUUUAUCACUGACCGUUCCAGGAGGAAAUAAUCUAACAAAACAGUUCAAAAACUUAAAAAAAAAGCAAACAUUUUCAGUUGAGCUCUUAUGUCAUUUCCUAUAAUAUAGUAGGUGAUCAGCUUGAGGAAUACUAUUCACGGUUGAGCACUGGUCAUUUAUAUGGUCAUAACAUUUUUUGCUGUGUCUCAACUCGUACUAUUUUAAUGAAGCUAAGACUUAAAGCGAACAGUUUCUGAAAUGUAUUAAUUGAGCUUUAUUUGCAUGUGCCAUGCUUGACUGGCUUUUCGUCACCUUAUUGCUCAUUGGAGAGAAUGUUGAUUUAACAUGGAAGGUAAGCAGCACUUCUGUCAUUCUUAAGGUGCAACUCCAGGCUGCUAACCUCUGCCGAUAAUGUGAAUUUUAGGACGAAGACGCUCAUUAAAGCACUUAAAUGGAAAUUAAUUACCUAAGCUUGGAAUGACUGUUUGCACAAUGUUUUUACCAAGGGUACAAGGGAGAAUGCAUUUUAAACACUAUAAAAAAGACUAACAUGAUGCCAAAUUGUAAUUAAUAUAAAACAAAUCAACAGUCUUUUCCAGUCUGGUUGAGUAUGUAUGGGAUCAUACAUUAUAAUUUAGCACAAAUGCAUGACAUUCUGUUUGUUUCAUGUCUCCGGGUGUGAUUUAUUGUAUACACAGCUCCAUUGAAUGCACAUUUAAACCCCACAAGCACAUCACUCUAGCCUGACAACGGGCCGUACUAAAAACAUUGAAAACCUGCCGGAUCACUGAACAACUCGACCUCGCUUGUUAAUAAUAACUGUGGCCAUGACUGGAUCAAAUGUCUGUUGUAGUAAUGACUUCACUACUAGAAUAAAUAUGAGACUUGUAGCUUAUUUAGUUGGUUUUUUUUAUUCUUUCUUGUGCACUGCCUCGCUCCAGGUCAUGGUGAUCGACGCCUUGACGAACUGCACUCACUUUACAAGUAGAAGCAAAGAACCUGCUGAUUGUACAGCUAGCUGCUCUGGAUUUGGUUGUGUUUCCCUGAAGCUUGUGACAAGUAUCUUAGUACUGUAUACAUGUGCUUCUGCACAGUGGCCUAACAUAACUGGAAUAACAGGCGACAGACCUCAAAGUUGGGGCAUUUUGGUUAAUGGGAUGCUGUCUGCGUUUAUGUAAUCCACGCUAUUACAAAGGAUGAAUGGCUCAUGGUUGCAAAGGUUACGCCUUACACUGUUAACCAAAAAAAUGUCACAACUGCGGCACUGCCAAACUUUUCUAAAUGCACAUUUAUCUCAAAAGGGGAGGAAAAAAAAGUACAAUAUGUCACCGAUCCAUGAUCAACAGUCAAUGUUAAAUCAUACCAUAGAACAAAUACUGUAGGAUGUAAAAUGCCUUAAAACACCAGCAGCUUCUGGUUAUAUGUGUUUGAUGGGUACGAUUCAGUCCAGUGGGGUGUUUUCAUCUUCCAUCAUCUGUUCAUUAGUGUUUGUUAGAGAUACAAUUACAACUAAAGCUUAGGAAUUGAAUGUAGUUGACAUGCUGUUCUCUUUACUGUGACUACUACUUAUGUAUUGCCGUAUGACACCAUAUCAAUAAAGACUUGAAAUUGCCAA